AUGUCAGUUACAAUCACAGCGAACGAAUUCACGAUGGCGACCGAGUUGACCGUCCAGUCGGAGCGUGCUUUCCAGAAGCAGCCUCACAUCUUCCAGAACUCGAAGACCAAGACCAAGAGCACCCGACCGGGCAAGGGUGGCCGACGAUGGUACAAGGACGUCGGUCUUGGUUUCCGAACCCCCAAGACCGCCAUUGAGGGCAGCUACAUCGACAAGAAGUGCCCCUUCACUGGUCUCGUCUCUAUCCGUGGCCGUAUCCUGACCGGUACCGUCGUUUCCACCAAGAUGCACCGAACCAUCAUCAUCCGCCGGGAAUACCUCCACUUCAUCCCCAAGUACUCCCGUUACGAGAAGCGACACAAGAACGUUGCCGCCCACGUUUCUCCCGCUUUCCGUGUCCAGGAGGGUGACCAGGUCACUGUUGGACAGUGCCGACCUCUCAGCAAGACUGUCCGCUUCAACGUCCUGCGUGUCCUGCCCCGAACCGGCAAGUCUGUUAAGAAGUUCUCCAAGUUUUAA